CCGGCAGCACGGCCCCCGCCCUCGCCGUUGCCAUGGCGGCGUCCCCUCCUGCGGUCGCCAUGGCAGCGCGCCUCCCCGCGGGGCGGGCCGGCGGUGACGCGGCGGAGGUGACGCGCGGGGCGGUGGUAGCGGGGCGGUGGUACCGGGCCGCUCGGCGCUGUCUCCUUGUCCCCAUCACGGCUCCCGCUCGGCCCCCCCGCGCCGCCAUGUCCGCGCCCGGCAGCGGCGGCGACUUCGGGAACCCGCUCAGGAAGUUCAAGCUCGUCUUCCUGGGCGAGCAGAGCGUUGGGAAGACCUCCCUGAUCACCAGGUUUAUGUAUGACAGUUUUGACAAUACUUACCAGGCAACCAUUGGAAUUGAUUUCCUGUCCAAAACAAUGUACCUGGAGGACCGCACGGUGCGGCUGCAGCUCUGGGACACGGCGGGGCAGGAGCGCUUCCGCAGCCUCAUCCCCAGCUACAUCCGCGACUCCACCAUCGCCGUCGUGGUCUACGACAUCACCAACUUGAAUUCUUUCCAGCAAACCUCCAAGUGGAUCGAUGACGUCAGGACAGAGCGAGGCAGUGAUGUCAUCAUCAUGUUGGUGGGGAACAAAACUGACCUGGCAGACAAGAGGCAAAUCACCACAGAGGAAGGGGAACAGAGAGCCAAAGAGCUGAAUGUGAUGUUCAUUGAGACCAGUGCAAAGACUGGCUACAAUGUGAAACAGCUUUUCCGCCGUGUGGCUGCUGCCUUACCUGGGAUGGACAGCACACCAGAGAAGAGCAAAGAAGACAUGAUUGACAUCAAACUAGAGAAGCCCCCCGAGCAGCCAGUCACGGAGAGCGGGUGCUCCUGCUAACAGCCCCUGCCAGCAGCACCCCCGGAGAACAUCCUGCUCAUUGCCACCCCUCUGGGGCUGGAAACCAUUCCUCAAGAGAGAAUCCCUGUGUACUGGUGGGGAGCAGCCCCGGCCGCCCCUCUCACUGCAUGGUUUGAGCCCUGAGUGCAGAAUGAGUGUCCUGUCUUUUGAGUUUUAUUUUUUUAUGUUGUUGCACUUUGGCACCGUGGUGCCCUUCACAUUCCCUCUUUCUCUCUCUCUUCCUCCCUUUCUCCCCCUGUUCCCACCUGGAGCCUCCCUGCUCAGAUGUAUCUUGUGAAUGCCAUGGAAAAGCUGCCGAGUUAGGGAAGACAAAAAUGAAGCUUUGGAGGGUGGGUUUUCCACCUUCCCUCCUGCCUUGCAUCCUCCCCCUGCCUUCUCCAGCCCCCUGUCCUGCAUCCCCACUUCCUCUGGUAAAAGGCUGCUCCUUAAACUUCAACCAGUCACUUGGACUUGCCUUUUUGGACUCUGCAGGUUCCCUGUUCCAGGCUUUGCUUCCCGCAGGGCACACACCCCAUGAGCUCCCUGGUUUCUCCUUUCUGUGGAUGAUCCUGGCUAACUCUUGCUCACAGCCUCUCAGUUUUGCCCCUGGAGUCACACAGGGCCCUGGAAAGCCCCAGACUCUGAGAGCUUUGGCCUUGUUGCUCCCAUUUGUGUGGCAGGGACAUCCCAGAGCCUGCUCCCCUCCACUGGAAUCUUUUCCCAUCCAGAGGAUGUUGGUGAGUGUUGGCUGCAGACGUGGGGGAGGAGGAGGGAACAGAGGCUUUGCAGCAUGAGGCUGGGUGGGGAGAGAUCCUCAGGGAUUCUGGAAGUAAAUAGUGACCUGGAAUCCAUCACUGCAGGGGCAAUACCUGCCCUGGGAGUCAUGGAUGCUCCUCAGGCUCCUUCCCUGAUCUCCCUUCUCCUGUUCCUCAUCACGGGAGCAGGAGAGCCACAGCAGAGGGAAGGGCAACAUUCCACCCUCAUUCCCAGACUGCUGCUUGAUGGAAUCAUUCCCAUUGUCUCUGCCCUUGGAGCAGAGCUCUGGGGUGGGACCAGCAGCCAUUUCACUCCUGGGGGAGUUUUUACCUUUGCCAAAGCUGAGGGGAGCAGUGGCAGGGAAUUCCUGUCACAGGGGGUGGAGGAUUGGAGGACUGGAUGCUGCUGAAGGGAAUUCUGGUGUCACUCCCCAACCUUGGAGGUUGGGAACUGCCUCCUUUCCCCCAGCCCCUGGUUUUGAAUUAACUCAUAGAGCUUUUCAGAGAUGUCCUGGGGUUUUGGUUGGUUUGUCAGUUGGCAGAGAGGAGAAUUGCACUGUCCUUUCCCCACCUGGCCUGUGUGACAGGAGGACGCUGUGGUAGGACAGUGACCACAGUGUGGGGGGUCAGUGACACUCCCUGCCCUCCCCUGGCAGGGUGUCUCUCACUCCCUGACACCUGAGGAGGGGAGGGGACAGCGCUGAGCUCCCCAGAGUCCCCUCCCUCGGGGCGAGCUGGCUGCAGGAGGAGGCUGGGAUGUGAGUCCCCAUUGAUCCCUGCCCUCGGGAAGCUGCUCCCAUUCCUGUACAUAGCCCAUUGUGGGAAUUGCUGGUGUCAGUGUCCGUGUCUGUAGAACAGGUGUUGCUGUCCCUCUCACUGGCAGCUCUGCUGUCCCUUCGUGUUGUUCGAGUCACGGACCGGGGCGGGAGGGGGGAUACCCCAGUUAGGGGGCGGGGGGUGAUUAGUGGAAUCCAAUAGUUCCCUUCCCAUGUUUUUCUGGAUGUGUUCCUGCCGUGUGUCCGGCCCUGCUGUCUUGUAGCUGUAGCGAGUAAGUGUGACUGUAACUCUGAGUAAGGACUGUGUGACACAGCCACAGUGUAUCACUAAAUAAAUAAAGUUAUUUCACCAACA